AUGUUCAUUAAAUACUCGCCCAAAGCCGGCUACCAGUGCCUCCUCUUCCCCGGUGUUUGUAAUGUCGGGCGCCGGCAGACACGCGGUGUUUAUAGUAUAGACCCGACCGUCGAAUACAGGGCUUACGGGUUGGCUCAGUCUUAUAAGUCCGAUAUCGAGGGACGGGUGGCUCCGGAAGACCAAACGUUCGGCCACUUAGAGUUGUAUGAAGUGAACGGUCAGGUGAUGGCCGAACCGGUCUUCAUGUGCUGGAAUGCCAUCCAAUCGUUUGCCUUCAAAGCCGAUGACCUACUGGUGACGGCGUUCCCGAAGUCGGGCAUAACAUGGCUUCAGGAGAUCGUAUGGUUGAUCGCCAACGACCUCGACUUCAGUAGGGCUCGGAUGGAGUCAAUUAGCGAUCGGUUCCCGUACUUCGAGUUUCCCAUACCUGGACUCAAAGCCAUUGAACGCCUGAAGAGUCCGCGUCUCAUAAAAACUCAUUUAACGCCGACUUUGCUCUUCGGCGACAAACACGAGGAUCGCAUUCAUGGCAAGAAAACGGCGCCAAAGAUGAUCACAAUCUUUAGAAACCCUAAAGACUUAAUCGUCUCUUACUAUCACUUUUGUCGUAUGAAUCAAUUGAUUGGAUAUAAGCAAGACUUUAACCACUUCUUCGGGCGCUUUAUGGCAGGCUCUGUGCCUUACGGCCCCUUUUGGAGUCAUUAUUUGGAUGUUUUUCAGUGGAAUGACAGCCAUUCCCAAGACAACCAGAUUUUAGUCAUUCAUUUCGAGGAUCUUAAGAGAGAUUUCGCGAAUCAAAUCAACAGAAUCUGUGAUUUGAUGGCAAAACAGAGACCCAGUGAUGAGGACAUGAAAGCAUUUGAAUUUCACUGCAGUUUCGAUCAAAUGAAAUAUAAUCCGUCCGUUAAUUACAAACAUUGGGAUGACUUAGGGGUUAGGGAUCCAAAUGAAGCGGAAUUCAUGCGAAGGGGACAGAUAGGGGACUGGAAGGGCUACCUGAGCCCCGCGCAGAAUGCAAUGGUUGAGCAAACAGCUAUAGAUAAGACCCAAUUGGGUGACCCCUACUACUUCACAUACAUGCGGAGCUACCCGUCCCUCGACAUCGGUCUCAUAAAACUGAAGCAAAGGCGAGCACUGGUAGCCGGCUUUGGGGCCAUAGAUGUUAAGGUUGAAGCGAAUGUUAAAAUCCUGCAACAGAUACCGGUGACCAUCCAAACAGAGGCCAUAAGCCGCGAUACAUACCCCAAGUUUUAUACACCUGGAUAUAUUUACACGUCUCCCAGCACUCAACAAGUUUGUAAGGGCGACUCCGGGGGUCCGUUAAUUCAGUUUUCCGGCAAUCGGGCGGUUGUUAUCGCCAUUAUUUCGAGUGACUCGGGACCCAUAGAGACUACACAGGCCUGGCUGGACGACUGUCUCAACGAGGUUAACAAGAUACGUGCUAAUCACCAGGCACCAAAUUUGGUCAUGGAUAAUGAUUUAGUGAAUUACGCGGAGAGUAGGUGCCCGAACUUGGAUGCCGGCCAUUUGUGUACCGAGUGCCCACCCGACGCCCCUGGUGAGAAUAUUGCCCAGGGUUGGAGAGCUGCACCGGACCUCAGUGUUGAUGUCGAUUUUAGCACCUGCUCAAAUGUCAUGGAUUAUUGGGCUUCUGAGGAGAAAGACUACGACUACGCCGGGAAUGGCGCGAAUGACCAAGGUGUGACUGGACAUUUCACGGCACUGGUAUGGGCGGAAACCAGUAAAAUAGGGUGCGCUCAGUGUCCUGGUGUGCAGUACCAAGUGAACGUAGUGUGCAAUUUCCUAGUGGCUGGCAAUGAUCCUAGUAUGUUAUCAUAUGUGUUAUCAAUGGACACACCUGUAGAUAGGGUCAGACGGGCCAUACUCUCAGGGCACGCACAGGUAGCCAAUAUCCCAGCCCUCAACUCAAACACCUGUGGUUUGGUAUUCAAAUGCGUAUUCUUAAUGGACAGUCGACAAAGAGGGGUGACUUCCCUUUCUAUGCCUAUAUCAGUGGUGAAAACAUUUGUGGGGCAACCCUUAUCAGUGGCCAGUGGUUGCUCACUGCCAGACAUUGUGUUGAAAAGUACGCUCUCUCUCUCUCUCUCUCCUAGGAAUACCGUUCCCGUGCGCCUUUACUUCAGGGGCGAAAAGACCGCA